CAUAAAUUGAACGCACCUUCGUUCCUCCUUCAAAGAGAAGGAGGGAGGCAUUAAGUUUGUGUGAACUUGUGAAAAGUUGUCAAGCCGAAAAAGGAGCAAAGAAACUCCUCCCGUCUUCAGAAUAUGAGCAAUCAGCAGCAGCAGGGCGAAAUGGCCGAUGUGGAGAGUGGUGGAGGAUUCAGUCAAAAGCGAAACACAAAUUCACAAGACUCACAGCAGCCAUCUCCUCUGGCCUUGUUGGCUGCCACAUGCAGCCGAAUUGACACCCCUGGAGAGAGCGAUUCUUCAGCUGAGCAACAGCAAAAUCAGCAGGAGCUGGAAAUAAACCAGGGUGUCUUCACCUCCACCGCUAACAGUUGGCAGGUUGUCCCUCUUAAUGUUCAGGCAUCCUCAGGCUCCCACACCAUCACCACUGACUCGUCAGGGGUGAUGGCAGGAGGAGACAACUGCAAGAGCAGACAGGUGCUGUCAACAUCUGCAGCAGCUGUGAGCACUCAGGGUCACCAGCAGUAUGUAGUAGCUCAGGCUCCAUCAGUGCCAGGUCAACAGUUGCUUACCACCAUAUCAGGUGUGAUGCCCAACAUUCAGUAUCAAGUUAUACCCCAGUUUCAGACAGUAGAUGGCCAGCCACUACAUUUUGCACAUGCUCAACAGGACCCCGCGGUAUCUGCAGCAGCACAAGGACAGCAGUUUCAGAUUGUGUCCUCUCCUAACGGCCAGCAGAUUAUAGCUGCUACCAACAGAGCUGGUGCAGCUGGAAAUAUAAUAACUAUGCCCAGUGUCCUUCAGGGAGCAUUCCCCAUACAAAAUAUAAGCUUAGGCAACAGUAUGUUACAAAACCAAGCCCAGUUCCUGGCAAAUAUGCCAUUGUCACUGAAUGGCAACAUCACAUUGUUGCCUAUCAGUACAGGUGCAGCAGGGGGAGAUGCUAACAGUAGCGGGGAUGCUGGAGGUAAUCAGCUGAUACAGCAAUCGCAACAGCCAGCAUCCUCCAACAGUGGUGCAGGGUACAUGACCACUGUGUCCACUGCCACAACACAGACCUCAUCCUCUUAUGGAGUCACCCAAACACAGAAGAGUAACGGAUCAGUGACGGGCACAUUUCAGCAGAACAUCCAGAUUCAGCCGGACAUCAGAGACGGGCAGCAGCCUCAACAAAUUCUUAUCCAGCCUCAGCAGAUCAUCCAAGGUGGGACACCUCUUCAGACCAUCCAGGCCAGUACACUGGCAACAGCAGGUGGUCAGGUGUUUGCAACUCCAACACUCAGUCAAGAAGGGCUUCAGAAUCUUCAAAUUAUGCCAAACACAGGCCCAAUCCUCCUGCGUACUGUGGGCCCUAAUGGCCAGGUUAGCUGGCAGAGCAUUCAGAUCCAGAGUCCAACAGGGGCACAAAUAACACUGGCCCCGAUGCAGUCUCUACCCCAGCUUGGGCAGAGUCAGGGAGGUGCUGCAGGGGUUCCUGUGAACACGGUGCAGAUCCCAAGCCUUCAGACCAUCAAUCUUAACACUCUCGGAAGCACUGGGAUGCUGCAGGGAGUUCCCAUCGCCAGCACAACAGGCGACCAGGUAUUGCAGACAGGUGGAGAGGGUUUGGAUGAGAGUGCAGUUCUGGAUGACGAUUUAGGCACACAAACCCAGGGGCGGCGAAAUCGAAGAGAAGCCUGUACCUGCCCAAUGUGCAAAGAUGGAGAACCACGUGACCCAAAUAAGAAGAAGCAGCACAUCUGUCACAUUAGUGGCUGUGGGAAGAUCUAUGGCAAGACGUCCCACCUUAGAGCCCAUCUUCGUUGGCACACAGGAGAACGUCCCUUCGUCUGCAGCUGGUCUUUCUGUGGCAAACGAUUCACACGUUCAGAUGAACUUCAGCGCCAUAAGAGAACACAUACAGGGGAGAAGAGGUUUGUGUGCCACGAGUGUCCAAAACGUUUCAUGCGCAGUGACCACCUCUCAAAGCAUAUCAAGACCCACCUGAACAAGAAAGUACCUGUAACCAGCAACAGCAUGACUGUGUCAGCCGAUGCUGCUUCUCCGUCGGCAGGAACAGAAACCAGCGCAGGAGCCGGCUCAAACAAUGACCAGCACACCAUUGUUACCAUGGAAACCUUAUCUGCAGAAAGCCUUGCUCGGUUAGCCAACAGUGGCAUCAACAUGAUGCAGGUGGACAUUCACCAGCUCAAUGGUAACAGCUACUAAAGGGGGUGGGGAGAUGCUGAACGAUGAAUUUGGACAUAUGGGGGGGUUAAAAGGGCAUGUACCUGCAGGAACGCAACCUCUUGAAGGUGUCUGUCUGAAGAGCGGUUCUCCGAUGCUAAUAAUUUGUAGAACCGAGCAGAAAUUUGUUUUGCAUUUUUGUAUGUAGAUGCCUGUGGUAUUUAGGGUUCUGAGGUGGACAACUGGGAUUAAAAUAUCGAAAGAGAAAUUACUGUGAAAUUCUAUUUCCUCUGAAGGGAAAUGGCAUUACACUAACAUCUGCCCCCACUGAUACAGCCUUACACGUGUCGUCGAGCUGCAUCGUAACACGCAGUUCAGGGCACUUCAUAAUGUAGUUGGUAAUACUGACUACACAAGUUUCUUCAAUGAAGAGAUGACACUAAGUCAGACUCUUUUGCUCCCGUUUUGAGCUUUGCCCCAUUUUUCUUCUACACCUCAGAAGCUCCCUUGACCUGUCAGCCUGAGCUGAUGUCUCACGUUCCUCAGGCUAACAGGCACAGGUCUGAAAAAGAAAAAUCUCAAUAUAAAUGAAAAUGUUUUGCAAUUUUUAAUUUUUUUUUCAUAGUUAAAGCCAGGAGCACAAAGUGUUUGAGAAUAUUCGUGUCAGAACUGAAAUCCUGAGAAAAACUCCUUAACCUCUUUUGUGAGAACUUUCACACCAUCAUGCUUGGGAUGGAAGCAUAUUUUCUGUUUGCAUAUAUAUAUAUAUAUUUUUUUUUUUUGGUAAACCAUACAGAAAUUCUUAGCAAAAGCAGAAAUCUAUAACAUGAUUGCAGGUAAUUGCCUUUUUCCUGUCUGUACAUCUUAUGCACAAUCAAUCUUAAUCUUAUUUUUAUAUAUAUAUAUGUAGAUUAAAUUUGUAAACCUCAAAGCUUUUCAUAUAAUAUAAGAUCCAGAUCUUCCAGUCUCUUUUCCAUCUUAGGCCUUCCUUACUGCCAUGUUAAUGGUUCUUUUUCCUUUUGGAUAUUAGUUUUCAGGUUUUAUUAAGUUAUGGUCAGAAUUUUUUGCAAUAAUGUUUAGAAAUACUGAAUAUACAAGCUCCAGACCAAAGGUUUAUACUUAUUUUACAAAAACUACUUUGGAAUCUUUCUUUGGUCCAUAAGCUUUCUAAAACGUCCUCACCUAGUAUUGCAAACGCCAAAAUUAUAACUGGAAAACAUCCAGCAUGAGGCAAACCUUGUGUACACUUCCUUCAGUUCUCAGAGUUGCAAAAUGCAUUGUUAGGAUGCAUUGGCAAAAAAUGUUUUUUCUUCAUAAUUAUGCUUUGUGAAACAAUUGUAACCUGUGCAAUGUAUGUUUAAAACUUAAGUUCACUGGACAUCAAGUGCUCUUACUUCCUCCCCCCCCCCCCCCCCCCCCGUUUUAAAUAAGGGAUUUUAUAACAUGUUUAUACAACUACUGCAAAUGCCAACAGCUGGAUUAAAAGACAUCUUUCUCAUUUCUUUCCAA